AUGGUGUCGUCACAUCCCCCCGUGCUUCCGGUUUCCACCACCGCAACGACCACCGCCAGUCAGCCUCCGAUCGUAACCGCUGUGAUGGGAUCGCAACCUCCAGCGGUCCGUGCCUUGGCGAACCGCGUAACCGAAACGGUCCGUAAUAGUCUAUCUCGUAGCCGUCCAUGGUCAGAGUUUCUCAAUCGAUCCGCUUUCACCAAACCGGACUCUAUUUCCGACGCAGCGACGAGAUUCCGGAAGAAUUCCUCUUAUUUCAGGGUGAAUUACGUCUGCAUCGUCGCUCUAAUCAUCGGUUUCUCUCUUCUCGCUAACCCGUUAUCUCUCGUCCUCCUCUUAUGCCUCGCCGCUUCGUGGAUUUACCUCUACAUUUUCCGUCCAGCCGAUCGUCCUCUCAUCCUCUUCGGCCGAACUUUCUCAGAUCUCGAAAUUCUCGGUGGCUUGAUCUUAUCCACGAUCGCUGUGAUCUUCUUCACCAGCGUUUUGUCUGUGCUGAUAUCUUCUCUCAUGAUCGGAGUAGCAACGGUUUGCGUCCAUGGCGCAUUCAGAGCUCCCGAUGAUCUCUUCCUCGACGAGCAAGAUCCUGCCGCCGUCGGAUUCCUCUCAUUCAUCGGUGCCCCCACGACGAUCUCCUCCGUACACUCCCCCUCCUCAGCGCCUUCCGCCGUAUAA